AUGGAGCAUGACAAGGGAGAAAAUAAAACAGGAGGAGGAAAAGGGUUCCAGGAGACGGACACGGACGAAGGCCACCCGACAGUUGAGAAAAAUGAGAUGCACGCCGUUUUAUCCGUUUCAGAAAUAUCAUUACCGGUGAUGAAUUCAUGUUUGGAGGGGUUUUGUGAAGGGAGUUCGUUCACUGGAGAUUCCUUCUCCCUCAGUCGGGAUGAAAGCCUGGGAAAUUUGACCACCUCAACGAGGAGAGCUGAAAAUGGCAUCACUGUUGUGGAUCCAAUGCAGCACGAGAAGUACGUCCUCUAUCCCAUUGUAAUGCUUUAUGACGAUCAUACAUGUGAGGUCUGGCUUUGUUAUUCCUCAUGGAUGAAUGAUCGUUUGUUGUGCGUGGGAUACUACCAUGGCCGAGUAUUUUUUUUGGGUGAACACUUUCACAAAUACGCGAAGGCUACUCAUUUGAUCAGCAAGAAAAAUGGCAUUUGCAAGUGUUUUGGAAUGAGUGCAGCUUGGGAGAGUGGGAGAGUUUGCGUAGUACGGAAUCCGAUGGGGAUGGAGGAAAAUUAUGUUGUUCUAAAGAGUUUGAAGAGGGCGAUUGCUCUUCUUGGAACUCAGCUACGGCGUUAUAUCCUGUCAAAAGCAGGCGAUCCAUGCAAUUCAAUUAAUGUGCUUAUUAUUGACUUUGUCGCAGGGGCAACACUUUUGCAGCUGAUGGAUUGCUUAUCAUCACACCUUCCAGAAUUUGUAACAUGUCGCUGGGGAGUGGAAAGGAAAUGGCCUUUUAGAAAUUAUUUGCUACGCCACUUACUUAGGGGGGUUCUAAAGGCAGUGUUGGAGCUUCAUGCCUGUGGUGUGGGGCAUGGAAGUUUAAGACCAGAACUGAUAUUUGUUACUCCCGAUUUAAAUGUAACUCUACUCGCCGCGGAAUUCUUUAAUUCCUUCGAAGAUUUGGAGUGGCUACGCUGGUGCUCACCGGAGGUUGCUCUCACGGGUGUGAAGGGCGAUUUAAAUGGCGCUAAAAGACGGGCACAUGAUAUAUGGGCGUUUGGUUGCCUGGCCUUCUACUUGGCGACUUCUACGAGGCCUUUCCACGAGAAGGACGACGUGACAUCUUUGAUGUCUGAACUAAAAAUGCUCCACUUUGAGGCAUCAAAGGAAAGAAACGGGUCGCGUAGCCAUGAUGAGCCUGAGCCUGCGGGACGUAAGAGACAUUUUUUGGAUUUGAAAAAAGUCGAGGAUGUGAAAUUGCGGGAUUUGAUUGAGCAAUGCACCCGAUUGGUUUGUACCGAGCGGCUAGACAUCUAUGCGGUUCAAAAUCACCCUUUUUUUAAGGAAGAGGACGACGAACGGUUGUGCCACUUCAGACAAAAAGAGAUCCGAUUUUUUUUGGAGCGCGCAGGAAACUCUGCCCCCGUGAGUGGGGAAAAGGGGGAUUCCUCGUUUUUGUUGGACGCUCUCCGGCAGGAAGGGGCCCAUGAGGUUGACCGGUACAAUUUCUAUGGGAAAGAAAUUGACGAGUUUCUGCUAAGCUUCAGCGUGAGGGAUAUACUGCUUUGGCGCAUUGCACUUGGCCUCCAACGCAGGCAGCACACCCCUGAAAUAGCUGAUCUUUUGGGUCUUCGUUCGAGUUCGCCCACGGUCUUGCCCAGGGCUGUUCGAGAGGGAAAAAAUAGCGCGGCGCUGACGCUUUUGUACGGAAUUUCAACUGUGACUGCAUCAGUGGUGGGGGCGGCGCCUCAAAUUAGUCAAGAUUUUCACAUUUUACUUGUUGAUUCUCUUACGUCUGUGAAUGACGAUGAAGACUUGUUUCGCGUCCUCCUGGAGUUUGCACGUCGAAAGUCCCUUCGGGACGAAUCUCUAUGCAGCCGCAGCAAUACCCCCUCCUCAGUGAGCAUGGCGAAUCCGCUCAUUCUCAACGGAAGUAGGGACACUGACCGCUCAUUGUCCGAUGAAACCGGCGAUAAGGAAGGGGAUGUGCAUAAAACAUCUGUGAUCCCUCCUUUUACUCCCGGUGAAAAUCCAACAGUGCAGGCCGACUCAUUGGCGCCGUCCUCGAGCCGAGACAAUGUCGAGGAUAAACUUGUUUUAUCAUCAACGGAGGGGGUGUUUUCUCCAAAUGCGUGUCUUUCGGGUACUUCAACAAUGAGCAACGAUGAUAAUGAAAACAUCAUUGAAAGAAAUUUAUUGCAUGAUGAGGGGAAUAUGCUUCAGGAACCAUGCGUUACCGUAGAGGGGACGUGUCAUUUGGAGAGCCAUGGCGCCGAGUUAAGAAGACGGCUGCUGUUACAUCGUAGCAAACGUUUGAUUUUUAUUUUUUUCUUUACAGUGCUUGCACUGGCUGUUAUCAUUUCUGUUAUUUUUUCUCUACUGUUGGGUUAG